CUCAAGCCAGACAGCAGCCAGAAUGAGGGAGAUUGUACACAUCCAGGCCGGCCAGUGCGGCAACCAGAUCGGGGCCAAGUUCUGGGAAGUAAUCAGUGAUGAGCAUGGGAUCGAUCCUACUGGAAACUAUGUUGGGGAUUCUGACCUCCAGCUAGAGAGGAUCAGUGUGUACUACAAUGAGGCUUCCUCUCACAAAUAUGUCCCUCGGGCUAUCUUAGUGGAUUUAGAACCUGGAACAAUGGACAGUGUUCGCUCUGGAGCAUUUGGCCACCUUUUUAGACCAGAUAACUUCAUUUUUGGACAGAGUGGUGCUGGCAACAACUGGGCAAAGGGCCACUACACAGAAGGCGCUGAAUUGGUCGACUCAGUGCUGGAUGUAGUCAGGAAAGAAUGUGAGAACUGCGACUGCUUGCAAGGUUUUCAGCUGACUCACUCACUGGGUGGAGGAACUGGCUCUGGUAUGGGUACCCUUCUUAUAAGUAAGGUCAGGGAGGAGUACCCAGACCGCAUUAUGAACACUUUUAGUGUAGUUCCCUCCCCUAAGGUAUCUGACACUGUAGUUGAGCCAUAUAAUGCAACAUUAUCUAUCCACCAGCUCGUAGAGAACACUGAUGAGACCUACUGCAUUGACAACGAGGCACUUUAUGACAUCUGCUUCCGCACACUCAAACUAGCCACACCAACUUAUGGGGACCUCAACCACCUUGUUAGUGCCACCAUGAGUGGCGUCACCACUUCCCUGAGAUUCCCUGGCCAGCUUAAUGCUGACCUGCGCAAGCUUGCUGUCAACAUGGUUCCUUUCCCUCGUCUGCACUUCUUCAUGCCUGGCUUUGCACCACUGACUGCCCGUGGAAGCCAACAAUAUCGGGCACUAACUGUACCUGAGCUCACCCAACAGAUGUUUGAUGCUAAGAACAUGAUGGCAGCCUGUGAUCCUCGUCAUGGGCGUUAUUUGACUGUAGCUACAGUCUUCCGUGGACGUAUGUCUAUGAAGGAAGUAGAUGAACAGAUGUUAGCUAUCCAAAGCAAGAACAGCAGUUACUUUGUGGAAUGGAUUCCUAACAACGUUAAAGUGGCUGUAUGUGAUAUCCCACCCCGUGGCCUCAAGAUGUCUUCUACUUUCAUUGGCAACAGCACCGCAAUCCAGGAGCUAUUUAAACGUAUUUCUGAGCAGUUCACUGCCAUGUUUAGGCGUAAGGCUUUCUUGCACUGGUACACAGGAGAAGGCAUGGAUGAGAUGGAAUUUACAGAGGCUGAGAGCAACAUGAAUGAUCUGGUUUCAGAGUACCAGCAAUACCAGGAUGCCACAGCUGAGGAAGAAGGGGAGAUGUAUGAAGAUGAUGAGGAGGAGUCAGAAGCACAGGGGAAGUAAAAAGUUGUCCUGUAGCUAGAGAAGCCAGCAUUAGUGCCCCUGAGACUUAGGAUCCCUAAUCAUACUGUAUCAUCAUGGUUUGCUACUAAUUUAGGAUUCUAGUGACCUCCAAAAUCUACCAAUAUCCUCUCCCUACAUUCCCUUUAUUUAACUCUUUGCUGCCAAUGGGUCUACAGUAUCAAGUUCUGUAAUUCUCUAUACCAGUAUUCUUUUCUUAUACAUAGAAGGCAGGCCUGGUCAUGGCUUUGGUAACAACAAAUAAAGGGCAAAGGUGAUUACAGUUUGGAUGUAAGAGCCUUUUCUAAACAAUGAGUCAGUGGUGAAUGUGCAGACAGCUAGAUGCAAUGUAAGUGUUUUGUUAACUGAAUGUAAAAGACUGUGGUUAUGGGUUCCUUAGAAGGUAUUAGCAAUGACUAGUCAACAGACUGAUACUGUACAAUCCUCAGAUAGCAAGAACCUUCUCCCACCCAGACCUUACUUUGUGUCUUAUCAUUUUUAUGUUUCAUGUCUGACAUUUUUAAUGUGCUCUUAUUUUUUAUGUCUGUUUUAUUGAAUUAUUUAUUUUUAAAGAACAAAUAAACUUCCUGCUGUCCAACA